AUGAUGAGGAAGAAUAAAAUCGAGAUGUUGAAAGAGAAAAGGGCUGCUCGACUGAAGAGAGAAUUGGAAGAAUUGGAAGCAAGAAGGAUUGCUGAAGAAAAGGAAAAAAUGGAAGCUGAGAAAGCAAAAACUGAAGAAAAACCGACAGAGAAAGCCAAAGUUGAAGAGAAAAAAGACAAGAAGUAUAGUGAACUAGACGAGUUGAAAGAAAAACUGUUGUUUGAUGUUAAGUACGUAAAUGAAUCGUAUGAUGUGCUGAACAGAACGGUUGAUAGUUUGAACAAGACAAACUUAGAAGUAGAAGCUGCCUCAACGAUGAUGAGUUCAACAUUAAUGACUAAGCAGAAGGCCAUCAAUCAUUAUAUUGAAGAGUGUGCAAAGCUGAAGCAGGAUUUGGAGACCGAAAAGAUUGAAAAUGAAAGAAUCAGAUGA